CUCAUCACCAACAAACAAUGCACACGCACCCAAAUCAAAUUCGCUCAGCAUGCGAGCGCUGUCGUCGCCAGAAACUGCGCUGCUCACGAUCCCUCUCUUCACCUUCAUGCGCCCGCUGCACCCGGCUCGGCCUAACAUGUCAGGCCGGCCUGCAACGACGUGUCGGCAGACCGCCCAAGAAGGACAUGGUACUUCAUAAACCCACUGAAGAUAUGCAGUUUGUCCAAGCGCUGUUGGACGACACAGCUUGGAAUCUUGAUCCGUUUUGCGGGUAUACACCCGAAAGUCUCCCGUUUCCUAUGGAUGCGUGGCCUUCUGUGUCAGAACUUGAUCCGCCUGAGCUUGAGCAACGGAUCACAGUGCCUAGUAUGCAGGUAUUCGAGAAGUUAUCGAAACUUAAUGUCGAUAUCCACCAGGGCUGGGAAUUCGUGUCUCAGCUUGAGAAUGACUUUCGGUUGAGUACGUUUGUGUGUGAGGAUCGGGAGAGGCAGAAUGGGUAUCAGAAUAUUCAGGUGGUCUUGAAGGCGGCGCAGGAGUACCUUGUUGUUCUGAAGACGCUACAUCGGCAGCUCGGGACACGGACUGUGUAUUGCCAAGGUCGCAAGCCACAUACAAACAGGAUGAUGCUGUCCUUGGAGGCAAACACAGAAUCUCCUGAGUCGAUAGCUUCUUCGUCGGGUGAAGCGACACCAACACCCGGAAGCACUACACCCGAGCUUCCCCCAGUAUUCGAUUCGCCGACGAUGUUUCUAAUAAUAUCUUGCUACGUACAACUCACCAAACAUCUUGAAGUCGUACUCAGGAUCAUAUUCAACUCGAUAUCAGAUCCACACCAGGACCUCAUCGAUGCCGCUCCGAUGUCGUUUGCCGACAUACCUCUAAUCGAGCCGUCAACCCAAUUCGUGCUCUUCUCCGAGAUGUUUCGCCACAUUAUGAGUCAAAUGAAUCUUCUCAUGGGACUCCCUAGUGCGUGGUCAAGCCAAAGCGCUUGGACAGGUCUGUUGACCAAUCAGCGGUAUCGGGAUAUGCUGAAUACUGAGCUUGGAGAUGUGGAGGAUGGGUGGACGGCGCGACCAAGCAAGUUGAUGGAGAUUAAUAGGAUAACAAAGGAUAUGCUGGACGAGUUCACCAUGAUGGGGAUUUACUGAACAUUUUCCAGCUGGCCCUGCAAUCCAGGCAAUACGAGGAAUUACAGAAACAACUUCGUAGCGUAGGAGCAAGACGCAGUCGUAGAAUUCGGAUUCAAGGUGACGGUUCAUCGGGGAAAUUUAUACUCUAAGUUAAUC